CCUCGAGUCACUCCGUCUGUCGAACGCAUUCACCACAACGCGGCUGUGGCUGAUCACUAACCGGGUCGAUAACGCAACACGAGCCGAACCGGCGGCCGCUGAUGCUGCUGAUGAUAAACGCCGAAACACGCUUCGUGUAGAUAAGAUUACGGUCGGCAGAAUGUCCCGGUUCCAGUCGUCACUCGAUCGCAGCCGACGAUAGAGGCCAACUGGUCGAACAGCUUGCUCGAAGAUUCCCAGCGAACCGAUUCUUGUGGCCAUGAGUGAUAGCACUGAAGAAACCCUGCCUAGUGCGGCCGUGUGUGAGGCCAAAAUUCAGUUCCGUCAACUUAAAGCAUUUCCGGUGAUCGACGAGAAUAAUAAUUUUAAAAUUGACACGGCGCACUUUCUACAAUCGUCGCACCAGAUAGUGGACGCAAUCGGUUGCUUCGGUAAGCUGUUUUCCCCCAUCGUGAAGGAUAUGCGACAAAACGUUAUGAAACUGGAGGAAAAGUAUAAACGCAACGAGACGCUAUUUGCAAAUUUGGAGGAUUUAAUUUUGAAAGACGACGAAGGCAACGACAACUCAUACGAUACGGUCACCGACGGGUUGCUGUGGUUGAAACGCGCACUGGAAAUGAUCGAACUGUUUUUCCGCAAAGUGCUGGAAGACGAGACGCGCAGCGAGCAGCUGAAACCACACCUCAGAAAGGCGUACGACGAGUGCUUGCUACCGUAUCAUGGCUUUCUGGCCCAGAAAGGAUUCCAGAUCCUACACUUUUACGUUCCCAGCAGAACGAGCCUCCUGGGGGCAUCGGGUGCCAAUGGAGACAACAUGAAAGCGCUCGAGGAGUUUCUCGUCCACUUUCGAGCCAAUCUGAGUCAUUUGAACGAGUUUUUCACAAAAUAUGACCUACAUCGGACUUAUAAAGCAUAG